AUGGCGGCCCGGCCCGGACCCGCUCGGCUCCGCCCGGCUCGGCACGGUUCGGUCUCCCUGUCGCUGUCGGGGGGAGGUGUCCGCGUCCCCUUGUGCCCCCCCGGGGCCCCGCGGGCUCCCGUGGGGUUGUCCCCGGUGUCCGGGGGGAGCGUCGCCGUGUGCCCCUGCCCAGCGGGGUCCCCGUCCGCGUCCCCCACGCGUGGCCCACGGGUGGGCGCAGUGACCCGCAGCAGCAUGGAGCCCCAGGGAGACACCAACACCCCCACCCCGGACACCCCCACCUCAGACACCCCCACCUCGGACACCCCCACCCCGGACACCCCCACCUCGGACACCCCCACCUCAGACACCCCCACCCCGGACACCCCCACCCCAGGCCAAAGCACCGGAGGAUGCCGGGAGCAAUGCCAAGGCAGCGGCAGCGGCAGACGGGGUGCCGAGGAGGGCGCCGGGGGGGGUGUCGGGGGGAGUACCGAGGAGGGUGUCGGGGGGGAUGCUGCGGGGGGUGCCGAGGAGGGUGCCGGGGGGGGUGCUGUGAAGGAGCCCCAGGAGGAGGCCAGGACGGGGCUGGCAGCAGCGGGCGGCACCCAGGGCCGGCAGGAGCCCACCUGGCUGCAGGACGAGGAGGACGAGCCGUGGCCCGAGUUCCCCUCCUGCUCAUCCCCAGGAGGGGCCACCAGCCCCAUGUCCCCCGCAUCCCCCACGUCCCCCACAUCCCCCAUGUCCCCCACGUCCCCAGCAUCCCCCACGUCUCCCACCUCCCCUGCAGCUGGCACCACCGAGGGCUCAGGGGGCAGCAAGAGCGGUGCGCCGGCGGAGGGGCCGCGGGGCCGGGCACCCCCCGGGACGACGGGGCUGAGGCCGAGGCCGAGGCCAGAGGGGGCCGGGGGGCGGCCACGUGCGAGUGCCCGGGCACAGGGGCGCAGCGCCAUCCUGGAGAAGUUCGGAGGGGCAGCCACGGGGCCGGCCCCACACCUGAAGAGGACGGGGGGCACCGCCGCGGUGAAGGCCAUGCUGCUGGAGUGGUGCCGCGCCAGGACUCGCGGCUACCAGCACGUGGACGUGCAGAACUUCUCGGGGAGCUGGGGCAGCGGCCUGGCCUUCUGCGCCCUCCUGCACAGCUUCUUCCCCGACGCCUUCGACUACGGCAGCCUGGAGCCCGGUGCCCGCCGGCACAACUUUGCCUUGGCCUUCGCCACUGCCGAGGAGCGGGCAGGCUGCGCCCCGCUGCUGGAGGUGGAGGACAUGGUGCGGCUGCCGGUGCCGGACGCCAAGUGCGUCUACACCUACCUGCAGGAGCUGUACCGCUGCCUGGUGGCCAAGGGCCUGGUGAAGACCAAGAAGCGCUGAGGGGGGGGUCCCCCACGGACCCCCACCCGUGCCAUCCCCCCGGGCUUCAUCCCCCAGCAGUAAAGGCUUGCGGUGCCAGGCUG